AUGUACAUAAGUGCGAAUGAGGGUGGUGUUGAAGUCAAUGAUGGUGGUGAUACAGUCAAUGAUGGUGGUGAAGGGGUUCAUAAUGAUAGACAACUCCAUGAUGAGGUGGAACUCACACCUAUGGAUUUUGAUGCAUCUGGAAAUGGAGAUGAAGUCAAUGUUGGUGGUGAUGCUGACAAUGUGAAUGAUGAGAAUGUGAAUGAUGGUGGUGAUGUAGACAUUGUAAAUGAUGGUGGUGAUGUAUUCAUUGUAAAUGAUGGUGGUGAUGCAAGUAUUUUGAUCAAUGGUGGUGAUGUAGUCAAUAAUGGUGGUGAUGUAUUCAAUGAUGAUGGUAUUGCAGACAAUGUUAAUGUUAAUGAGGUGCAUGUGCAAAAUGAGGUGAUGGAAGGACCAAUUAGAACCCUAUUGAAUAAACUCAGAAGGAAAAUUUCUGAAACAAUUAUCAAAUUGAAGUUGGCCAAGAGAGUUGGUGAUGAAGAUGCACUUUAA